CGACGAUACGACUUCCACUUUUAUGACGCUGGUGAACACGUCAACAAUCACACCGUGAAAUAAGGCUGCCUCUAUAAAAUUGGAAAAUUACAAAGGAGAUCGGUUAAUAAAAGAAAUAUAAAACAUCAUGGUUUUCAAGAAGCAGGUCGUUCUCGCCUUGGCUGCCACGUGUCUAGUUUUCCUCGCUCUUCACCAACAAUGCAAUGCACGUCCCGAGGGCGAAAAACUUGAGGACAAAUUCGACUGCAAGAAAGUCAUGGGGCGAAUUAUGAAGAAAAUGAUGAAACUUUUUAACAACUGUACGAAAGAGGUUAAGGCUGAAAGCACGAAGGAAGACUUUGAAAAGAAAAUGAGCUGCAUCGUAAAAUGUGUCAUGGGAAAGAUUGGCUUGAUGGACAACAGCAGCAUGGUGAGUACAGCCACGGUUCAGAACUUCAUGACCACGAUGGACAUUCCGGAAGAAGCGCACGAUCUGGGCCACUUUCUCGCAGAGGAUUGCGUCAAUGAACACGCCUCCAAACUCGAUCCUGCUCAACCAUUUUGCGAAAGCUAUGGAGAUUUCACCAUGUGCAUGCAGACCGUUUUUGGUAAUUUCGCGGAGAAAGCUAAUUGCCAACCUAACCUGCCUGGAUAACAAACAAGGACUCACAAAAUUCAACUCUCUCCACUUAAUUUAAUUUCCCAACCUUUUCCAGACUUGCAAAACAAACAUCGUCUCAUUUCCAUUUUCAAUUAUAAAUUACGUCAUCCGUGAGCAAGAACUGAAACAAAACCAGCAAUUAAAUAUCUAUCAAGCCAUUAAUUAAUUUUUUAAUAAAAGACCUACGAAAUUAAAUUGUGUCUCGUUUUAAUAAAAAAUACUCUUAAUGUUCUU